CUCUCCCGGCGCGCUGCCGGGCGCAUGGCGGCGGGGCCGGGCGGCGCGGCCCUGGGGCGGGCGGCGCUGGCGGCGCCGCUGGUGCUGCUCUACUACGGCUUCUCCAUCGGCAUCACCUUCUACAACAAGUGGCUGAUGAAGGUGCGGGGUGGCGGGGCGGUGCGGGGCGGCGGCGGCGGGAGGGCGGUCGGCGGUGACAGCGGCUGUCGGUCCCGCAGAGCUUCCCGUUCCCGCUGCUGGUCACGCUGCUGCACCUGCUGCUCAUCUUCGCUCUCGCGGCGCUCGCCCGCGCCCUGGAGCGCUGCCGCUCCGGGCGGCCGCGGGCAGCGCUGUCCUGGGCCGACUGCCUCCGCCGGGCAGCCCCCGCAGGGUGGAGCUUGGUAGAGAAUUCAUCAUUCAUGGCACACAGAACUAUCUGAGACCAAGGAGUGAAGCUCCUACUUGGAGCACAGAACUGUAACUACUUCUGCAGUUCCUUGGCUGUGUGUUGUAUUGGCUCCCACAGAACAACAUCUGGUCUGUGAUCUCUGGCAAGCUCUGUCAACUUCCUUGGAUAUUGGGCUGAGUAACUGGAGCUUCCUGUAUGUCACUGUCUCCCUCUACACGAUGACAAAAUCUUCUGCCAUUCUCUUUAUCCUGCUUUUUUCACUGCUCUUCAAGCUGGAGGAAAUGAGGGUGACGUUGCUGCUGGUGGUUCUGCUCAUUGCUGGGGGACUCUUCAUGUUCACCUACAAGUCCACACAGUUCAACGCACAGGGGUUUGUGCUGGUGCUCUGUGCCUCUUUCCUGGGGGGCAUUCGCUGGACUCUCACUCAGAUACUGAUGCAGAAGGCUGAACUGGGACUCCAGAAUCCCAUUGAUAUCAUGUUUCACCUGCAGCCGCUCAUGUUCCUGGGGCUCUUCCCACUCUUUGCGGUGUUUGAGGGCCUUCCUUUGUCCAUAUCAGAGAAGCUCUUCCGUUUCCAUGAAGCAGGAAUGCUGUUCUCUCUGGUAGGGAAGCUGUUCUUGGGUGGAAUUCUUGCCUUUGGUCUAGGCUUUUCUGAGUUCCUCUUGGUUUCCAGAACAUCUAGCCUCACCCUUUCCAUUGCUGGCAUUUUUAAGGAAAUUUGCAUUUUAUUCCUGGCCACACAUUUACUGGGAGACCGCCUCAGUCUCUUGAACUGGCUGGGCUUUGCUGUCUGCCUGUUAGGAAUCUCCCUCCACGUUGUUCUCAAAGCCAUGAAUUCUAAAGGUGACAAAGCACUGGAGCCACACAAAGAGGCCAGCUCUGACCCUGACCUGCAGCUGCUGCUGCGCCACCCCGAACAGGGUGAGGAAGAGGAAGAGCUUGUUGAAACCCCACAACAGCACUGACUGAACAUGAAGCACAAAGCCACCUGCUCUGUUCUUACCAAACCUGCCUGACAGCUAUCCAGGAGGAAGGUCCAGAAGUCUCUGUGACCACCCACAGCAGAGCCAGAGCCCGGGGAGAGAGUUCUGCUGUUUUCCUGCAGUGUGGAUCUGUAGAUGCUGCACAAGAAAAGGCAAUGUGCCUUUCACAGGAACUCGGAAGCCCUGGUUCAGUGGGUGUGGAAAGGUGAGGUGAGACAGAGAAACACUGUAAAAAGUCCAUUAGGGGAUCCUGAAGGCUGUUUACUGAGAAUGUAGACCAUGAGCUGUAGAAUGAACGUGGACAUGUCUGGACUGCAGGCUGAGUGGUUCAGGGAUGACUUUACUGCUGUUUAGGUUUUGAUUUCAAAGGAGAAGGUAGAUACACCUUCCCUUUUUUUUUUUAAUGUUUCUGCAAAUUAGGAACUCCCAUCCUGGUGGGAUCACAUGACUGAAUAAAUCCCUGGAGUUGCCCCAGAAAGAAGGAUCUUUUGUGCCUGGGGACCUCCACGUUCUGUGUGCAUAGUGAGGAAAGAAUCAGUGCUGGUGUUUGGGACCAGUUGAAAAUGAUCAACAUUUCCAGAUGAUGUUGGCUGGAGGGAAGACAGGGAUGCAAGAGUACUUCUGGUGCUACAGGCCAAGAGGAGAAUGAGCAGUGUCAUGGGAGAUCUAACUUGAGCAAUAAGCUUAUCAGAAAGUAUGUGGGGUUUUGAGCGGGGGAUUUUUCUGUUUUUUAAAUAAACUUUUUCUGAUU